AUGCCCAAGGAAAACUUGAUAUUCAAACUUGACAAUUUGGAAUACCAGUUCCACCACUUAAAUGGCACUUUAAAUGACUUCAAGCCUCGUUUGAAGAACACUGCAAAAACAUUCAAUGCCAAGGGUAAGAAAACUUCAAAAAAAAUCAGCAAGAUCCUUGAUUCUGCCAGUUUGAACGAGACCAAUGCGCAAUUGACGUCGUUGCGAGCCGAAAUUGUGCAAAAGAAAGCAUUUCAUUUGGAAAAUAAGUUGACAAGUUUGUUAGAGAAAACGCUACAACAGCAGUAUUCCACUCUGGCGAAAAAACAUAACGAGAAAAACCAAGAUAAGCUCAAAACACUCAAGACGUUGGACGACAAAUACAAGUUGGCUGUUUUUUGUAAGCUUUUUGGCAAGUCUAGAACUUGCAAGCUUUUGGUAGCCAAAAUCACACCAUCGAAAGCGGCCAAAACCGAUCCGCCAGCAUGGUUCAAAGAUAGUGAGUACUUUUUGGCAGCUCAAGAUAAAACUCACACGUACAAUCCAAGUCGUGUGUGGAAUGAAGUAGUGGUCGCAACAAAGGGUUGCGAUAAGCUGCUCAGUCAAACAAUGGCGGGACAAAAAAUCAAAGAGCUGUUGUCUGCCUUCGACAGUGGUAUGGACAUGUUUCUCAACAUCAAAAAAACUAGAGAGUCCGAACUUCCGAAAGUUUCAGAAAUCAAGAAUAAAACUGAAGAAUCGGACGCUAAGUCAAGUUCCGAGUCGGAAGAAAGCAGUGAUCAAGUUUCCAGCAACAAUUCCGGGGAUCGUGAUGCUGAAUUACCUGGAGGUUUGGACGAAGAUGAGAUUCUAAAACAAUACGAAGGCCUAUUGGUAGGCUCAGAUGACGAAAAUGACGAUGUUGCCAUUCCAGCACUUGACCCUACAAUUAACUAUAACGAGAUCACCGAUGAAGAGCCUAGUGAAGAUUCAGAAGGCGAUUACGACCUUGCGUCAAGUGAUGAAGAAUCAGAUGACCAGCCUGUCUCCAAGCGCCAGAAAACUGAGAAGACGAAGGGAAAGGGAGCGGUAUCCACGAAAAAUGCACCUCUUCCUGAACUAAUGACUGGUUACUACAGCGGAGGUUCAGACGAUGAAUUUUCAGAUGCUGAAGCAGAACCGGAACAGAUUGAUAACGCACCCAAGCGGAAAAACAGAAGAGGUCAACGUGCUCGUCAGAAGAUCUGGGAGAAGAAGUUUGGUAAAACCGCCAAUCAUGUUCAAAAGCGGAUACAAGAAGAGCAAUCUGAAAGGAAUCAAAGACAAGCUGAAUACGAACAGAGAGUUGAAAAGCGCGCCAGUAAGGCUCGUGAAAGAGAGGAAGCACAAGUUCGUCACAAUGGUGAACAAAAGCUUCGUCCAGAACAGAUUUCAAAAUCCACACAAGUUCAUCCUUCAUGGGAAGCGAAGAAGCAAGCGGAGGAAAAACAAAAGGCCGCCAAGUUUCAAGGUAAAAAAAUUGUAUUUUAG